AUGGUUUUAAUAACAAUCAUCAGAGUUUUAUUCACUGAUAUACCAUUUUAUCUAUGGUUAAAUUAAUUAAGUGAAAAUCAUUUCCCAAGGAUACCUUCUGAAUGGAAACUGAUAAAUCCAUAUUCAUCUAAUUAAUAUAUCAAUUGUGCUGGAAAAGAUGUGUAUGGAGGAUUCAAUAUAUUUUUUGGAAGUUCUCAAAUUAUUGGAAAUUUCUUUAAUUUUCCAAUUCACACUCACAUGAGAGUUAAUUUUACAAUAUAUUACAUUGAUUCAUGGGAUAAUCACACACUAACACUUUAAUUAGACAAUAAUUAUUACUUUUAUAGCAAAGAUUAUUAUACAGAAAGGUACGAUCUUUGUGGUUCAUCAUUAUGGAAGGAUGACUUUGAAUAGGUUUCAAUAGUAUAAUUACAUAAAGACAAUUCAUUGACUGUUAGUAUGAGAGUAAAUUUAGAUCAAGCACCAGAUGAUGGUAAAAUGACUAUAACUUAUCUUAGAAUCUUAUGGUUUUAGAGAAUUCACUAUUGAACUAAAUGUAUAUUAUAAUUGUGCAGAAUUUUAUACUGAAUGCAACUUCUAAGGAUAAGUUAUUAAAAUCUGCAAUAGAUAACCUAAUUUAACAAGAAGUUCUUAACCUACUUAAAUUAAAUCUGUAAGAGUACCAGUCAGAGGAAGAGUUAUUCUUUAAAGUAUUAAUUAUGGGAAAUUAGAGUUAACUGAGGACUUAAAUUGCAUCAAUGAAUUUACUGUAAAAAUAUAUUAUUUCAAUAGUUCCCAAAAUAUAUUCCAUGA